AUGGAUGACAAUAUAGAAGGAUUAACACCUGUCGCAGUCGACUUAGAAUUUGACUCGGACUCAGGCUAUGCUGAUGAGUUGGCAUCUUACUCAACUUCGCUGGCAUCUUCAGCGCUGGACUAUCGCUAUGAAUUAGGCAGACGAUAUCAUGCCUAUCGUCAAGGCCGCCAUUUUCUCCCAAAUGAUGAACAAGAACAGGAUCGCAUGGAUCUUACGCAUACCGAGAUGAUGCUUCUACUUGAUAAUAAUCUGUACCUUGCACCCAUCAGCCACCCUCAGCGGGUAAUCGAUCUCGGAACCGGUACAGGGAUAUGGGCGAUCGAUUUCGCCGACAUCCACCCCGAAUCACAGGUUAUUGGCAAUGAUCUCUCGCCGAUCCAACCUCAUUCCAUACCGCCGAAUCUCCAGUUUAUAGUUGAUGACAUCGAAGACGAAUGGGGCUAUGAAAAUAAUCCUUUCGACUUCAUUCACGCUCGCUACCUGGCAGGCUCGAUUAGGGAUUGGCCACGGCUCAUGAAGCAAACUUACACAUGCACGAAACCUGGAGGCUGGGUUGAAUUCCAGGACUGGGAUUGUAUGAUUGAAUGCCAUGACGGUAGCAUACCAGAGGAUUCCCCGUUCUGGAUAUGGCAUAAAGCUGCUCUCGGGCGAAUUGAGGCGACCAAUACCGGCAGGCCUGGACCUCAUCUAGAAAGAUGGGUCCGAGAUGCUGGCUUUGUCAACGUUGUUGUGAAGAGGUUUGUAAUUCCACAUAACAUUUGGCCGAAGGACGAACGACUGAAGCGCAUUGGUGCCUUGAAUUUACUUCAGUGGGAGAAGGGUCUAGAAGGCAUAUCCAUCGGAUGUCUAAGCAGAUCGAUGUCCGAUGAACCUGCAUGGUCAAUGGAAGAGAUCCAGGUCUUGAUAGCGAAAGUGAGAGCAGACGGCAGAAAUCGCAAAUUUCAUGGUCAGUACAGCUUGUAA